AACCUCUGCCUCGGAAGCUUUUCUCGGGCCUAGGACGCCUUGUUGUUACCGCCGGGCCCUUUCUCUCUCCCCGUGGCCCCCAACUUUGCUCGACGAAAGUUGCUUUUCCAUGGAAACCUGAUUGAUUUCCUCAAGAUGUUUUCAAGAAGAAAAAUAAGACAACUUUUACAGCGGGUGCCCGGAAAGGAGCGCUUUGGCAUUUACAGGUUUCUUCCUUUCUUCUUUGUCCUCGGGGGAGCUAUGGAGUGGUUUAUGAUCAAGGUCCGGAUUGGCCAAGAGACCUUCUAUGAUGUUUACCGGAGAAAAGAGUCAGAGAGACAGUAUCAACGCAGAGUGGAAGAAGCAGCUACUAGAUCUUCGCUUUCAGUAAAAUGAAUGUCUUGAAUUGGCUUCAAAAAUCAUAUCGUGAGAAGCCGUACUAUGUUUAAACAUUUUGAAAGUGGUGAAAUGAGUUCUUUCUGCCCGUCUCUCACUAAUGAACAGAAUGGCCUACAUGUGAAAUAUCAUUUUACAAGGUA